AUAUAAUUGUUUGCGUGUAAGCUCAUGCUUACACCAUAUCCCAUAAGAUUUGUACCCGAAUUUUGGCUACAUGCAUUGUGUCAGUCCCACAGUCUCCAGGUAAAUGGAGAUUCCAGUUUAUUUCUCUUCAAAAAGGUUGAAAAUGGCAAAAACAUAAUAAAAGGAAGCCCUGGUACUGUGUGCUUCUGUAUGAUGACUGUGCUGGAAGGGGAGGGCCGUGUUUUGCUCUAAUGACACCCCACUGAAGUGAUGCUCAGAAGUCUGAAGUCACGCUGUAUAAAAGAAGCUCUCAUCAGUCACAGCUUAGUCCCUCCAUGACCUUCCCUGCAAGAGCAAUGUCCAGGUGCCAUCUCCUGAUACUGCUGUUCUCUGUAUCCACAGCCUCCCUCACCCCUCACACAUCGCUGAGGUCUAAACGGGGCCUGCUGGAGCUCGAUGGCGUCAUCAAGUGCAGCACAGGGAGGUCUUCCAUGGCCUACAUCAUGUAUGGCUGCUACUGUGGCCUGGGGGGGCAGGGCUGGCCAAGGGACAAGGCAGACUGGUGCUGUCACAAACAUGACUGCUGCUAUGAAAAAGCAGAGAUUGCAGGUUGCAUACCCAAGUCAAACAAGUAUCCGUGGGCAUGUGACAGCAGGUCGACCAACUGUGAACUGGUGAAGGACAAGUGUGAAAAAAUACUCUGCAAAUGCGACAGGGAGGUAGCUAGGUGCUUACGAAAAGCACCAUUCAUACCAAAAUACAUGGUAUGGCCAGACUUCCUCUGUGGAUAUGAAUUUCCAACAUGUAACCAUCACUGAGUCACAACAUAAUUCAGUUACCACUGUCUUGCAGUACUACUUUCUGUAAUAGAAUGAAUUUCAAUGUCUUGUAGCUCCUGAUCAGACAGGGAGGAACAAAAUGCUUUGCAUUCUUUUACUACUGGUAACCACUUGUUAA